AACUGCUGACAGUUUCUUGGGAUUAGCUUUCAAUUGGAAGAUGCAAGCAACACGCAAAUAUGGUGGUUAUCCGUGGCGACAAUCAAGCUACAAUUACGGCGUUGGUAUUAUUGGACUUCAUGAGGAAAUCGAGCACUUCUCCAGUUAUACGCUGCCCACGCCAACGGAGCAUGCAGCGCGAAUCGAGCUGGUCAGCCGCAUUGAGAGACUGAUUCAAGGCCUUUGGCCAGAGGCGCAGGUUGAGAUCUUUGGAUCAUUUUUACCUGGCAUCUAUUUGCCCAGCUCAGACAUAGACCUGGUGGUGCUGGGUAGUUGGGAGCAUCUGCCGCUGCGCAGCCUCGAAUCGGAGCUCCGCAGCAGCGGCAUUGUGUUGCCCGGAACACUGAAGGUGGUGGACACUGCUGCAGUGCCGAUCAUCAGGUUUACGGAUUGCGAAACACGUAUCAAAGUCGAUAUCUCGUUCAAUGAGUUGAAUGGCCUUAGAUCCACGGAGCUGAUCAAAAAGUUUUUCCAAGAGUAUCCAAUAUUGAGCAAGCUGGUGCUGGUGCUCAAACAGUUUCUGCAACAGCGCGAUUUGAAUACCACUUUCAGUGGAGGCAUCUCCUCCUAUAACCUGACCAUCAUGUGCAUUAACUUCCUGCAAAUGCAUCCGCGGCAACAUUACCCGGAGACUGCGAAUCUGGGCGUUCUUCUGCUCGAAUUUUUCGAGCUCUAUGGCCUGAGCUUUAACUACGCUCAAAUUGGAAUUUCCAUAUGGCAAGGCGGUAGCUAUGUGCCCAAACAGAACAUAUUGGAUUGUCCGAGUGCCUCGUUCUACAUUGACGAUCCACUGCUGCCGGGACGGCAGAACUCAAGCAGCUUCAUUGCAACUUGUCACAUCAAACGGACUUUCCAGUGGGCCUAUCGUGUGCUCAGCGAUGCACUAUUUGCCCAGGCUACAGAAUGUGUCUGCGAGCACAGGACUGGGUUCUCUAUAUUGGGUUCCAUUAUUCAUAUAACCGAUGAGCAGAUCGACUAUAGAGCCUGGUUGCGCAACAAGUUUCGCCAUUUGGUUGUCGUGGAACCAAAGGACUCCAAGGAGUAAAAUCUGAUGCUCC